AAUAAGUUAAUUAAGUAGAUUAUAUAUAACGACUAAUAUUAUAUUCAAAACAGUCUGCCAUUUUAUUUCACAUUAGUUUUUUUUAAAGAAGUAUUCAACUCUGAAAUGGAAAAUAUAGUUAUAUUAAUAUGUACUCUUAUUUUUUAUCAAGCAAGUGCAGUUGUAUUUUUCCCACCCGAAGUCGAAUUUUGCCAACGAGAUGAAAAUCUUAGUGAGUGUUAUAAAGAACAAAUAACUAAGUGUUUUAAAAUUUUUAAAAGUGGAUCGCAACAAUUAGGAAUACCUAAGCUAGAUCCCUUUUAUGUACCGAAAGUUGAUAUAUCUGGCUCACCUGGUCAGUCAAUAGCUUUGAACCAAAGUUAUUACAAUAUGUAUACUUAUGGUAUAUCUACUUCUUACAUCGAUGAAUCAAGAGUGGAUUUAGAUAAAUGUUAUUGGUCUUUGCUUGUUACUACGCCGGUGAUUAGAAUAGAGACUGAUUAUCACUUUAAUGGAAAAGUAUUACUAUUACCCAUUGAUUCGCAAGGGAAAUGUAAUGUUACUAUAAUCAAUUUAAGAAACCAUCAUCAAAGUUGGUGUGAACGGUACAAAAAGAAAGGAAAAAGUCACAUUAGAAUAACGAAUUACACGAUGAAUAUGCUCGCCGACGAUGCUCGAUUCGACUUUCAACCUGCCGAAGAAAACUCUAUAAUCGAAAAGGUUAUUGAUACAGUCAAUGAGGAAUCAAUUGAUACAUUCAACGACUUAAAAAUAGGCUUUCAGGAGAUUUGGUCGGCGCUUCACAUGCAAACUGCAAAUAAUGUAUUUUCAAAAAUUCCAGAUGAUGAACUCUUCCCUUAUUAGGACAUCAGCAUAGUGUAUUAUAAUUGGGAAUUGUAAUAUAUAGUAAUAUAAUAUACA